AUGGCUCAGGUUCGAGAAGUCUCCGAAGAAGAUGAAGAGGAUGGAAUUGAGAGGGAUAAAGCCAAUAACUCCAAACCACACACCUCCAAGAUCGCUACCUUGGAUGAAAAUGACAACAAUGAGGAGGAAGUGAAAGGAGCAGUGUUGACACGUAAUGAGGAUGGAAAAUCCGAAGAAGAUCUGGUUGACGGAGAACUCGGCGAUGGUAACCAGAGCAAUAUGAAGUGGAAAAAGAAAUUGGACAUAGCAGAUCCGAAGGUUAAUGAAGAACAGCCACUGGUAACUUAUGACAUCCUAAUCGACCCAGAAUUAUUUGUUAAUUGGACUCCCAAGGGCAAAAAGGCAGCCAAAUUGUAG